GCCCACGAAACCGAUUCCUCAGGCUUCCUUCCAUGAUGAGCCAACCACCGAAUGUCCCAAAACACCGAACCCGCCACGACUCUCUGCCGACCCAGUCUUAUCUCCUGACGACUCUGUGAGCUCACCUGCCAGCGAAUCCACCCUCAACCGCGAGCCGGCACCAGAAUUAAUGCUCGACCAACGCCCUGAAACAGGCCAUGGCGCUUGCGUAUCCGCCCCUGUGACAGAUCCCGGGGCCGACGAGGAUGCGCCUCGCUACGAAGUUACGGAGUUUACCUUUAGUGAUCACAAUACGGACUCUGAAUUUGUUGUCAUGUGCAAUGGCAGCCGGCUCGUCAUUCGCCUACUCGAGGACCACUUUUCAGACUCAUCUCAGUUGAAAGAACAAUACCUCUUUUUCCUCAAGGUGGCAGAGGAAGGCGAACUGGAUGGCCAGACAGUCGACGACUUUCAAGACUGGGUAAUAGAACCAUUCCUACCUGUGCUUCGGAGCCUGUCAGGACAAGACGCGGGUGCCUUUGUCGAACCAACCCUUCAUGAUUUCUUCUUCGCGGAGACGUUGGUCUACACUUUGGUGAUAGCGGCGGGUGAGCUAUCUCCAAGCCUAUGCGAGACGACCAAGGCCGACAAACAGCGGAUUGGACUUGGUAUCGCCCUGUCAGCUGAUCUGUGUUCAGCAUGGCAAUGUUUUCAGCCAUCAGAUCUUGCGAUCUGCGCCGAAAACCCCGACGAAGCGCUCGCUAGGCUGCCCAAGAAAGUCAAACAGGUUGGGGGCCUAACGUUAUUCUUCCUCAAGUUACUCAGACCCGGAGACCAGCACUCCGCGAAACGCGAGCUGACCACCUACCGAAAGAUUAGCGAGGCAGUGCUCGACCCGGAGACGCGAAUUUCGCGCCUUCAUGGUUUGGUGCGAGACGAAAGAGGUGUGGUUUUCGGGCUUCUGCUCACGUAUAUCAACUGCAGAGCCAGGACGUUAGCUUGCGCCGUGAAGCCACAUAUACCUAUCGCUUUGAGGCACAAAUGGAAGAACCAGGUCUGCUCGACCGUCGAAGUCUUGCACAAGGCUGGUGUCAUUUGGGGUGAUGUUAAGGCAGACAACGUCUUAAUCGACGAGUAUGAUGACGCAUGGGUCAUCGAUUUUGGUGGUGGGUAUACUGAGGGAUGGGUAAAGAAACAGUCUGCUGGGACCUUGACUGGCGAUGCAGAGGGCCUGGCCAACAUCCUGAAGUUCAUUGGCGAUUAGGAUCUUGUUCGUGAGAGAUUGGCGGCUAUCGGGUGUUGAAACAACAUGAACACGAGACCCUGGUCGUCAUCCCUAUUGCCACGGGCAGAUGUGACAACUCAGGAAGAACAGCGCUUGCUUAGCGAAUCAAACGACAUAGAAUGCCAACAGCAAUUCAAAUUAGAUAUGAAGCUUC